AUGGAAUAUAACAGUAUUUCAAAUGCUACAAUAUACAUUGUUAAUAAUAUCAAUGCAUCUAAUAUUUUUAUUAUUUCAGUUGUAUCAUUUUUGAAAUUAUGCCACACAAAAUUAAAAAUAAGCAUAAUCACUUUGCUUUUGAAGAUUAUUGUUUUUUGUUCCUUAAUUUACUCACGUCAACUUUCUUUUAAUGAUUCUCUUUAUGUAUAUUGGUUGACCAAGCCUUUCACACACUCAGGAUUGAAAUUAAAAGUUUAUAGAACUUUAUCGGAGAAUACAAAAGCGGCAGGUGAAGUGUCAAUAUGGUCAUUACAUAGUUCUAACGAUUCCAAUCGUAAAAUAUAUCCAAAUGAAGCAUAUGAACCACAAGAAUCAAAGUUAAGGUAUCAAAUGGAAACUUCAGAUGAUGAAGAAGAAAUGAGAAUAAUUACAGACGAAGAAAAAAAUAGCUCUUAUAUAUUUUGUAAAAUUAAGACUGAGAAGAAUAAUGAAUGGAAAAGCAAAAUAGAAAAUUUUACCGAAAAACUUCUAGAAUACAUGGAAAAAAUACAAGAGUGGAUGGAAGGUUUUGAAAAAGAAUGGGUAAUUGAUAUAUAUAAUGAUUGGAUUGAGAAUAUGAGUACAAAACGUAUAGAUUAUAUAGAUUCUUGGACACAACAUAUAUCUCAUAAAUGGACAAAAUAUAUAAAAGAGUCAUUUAAUUACGAAAAUAAACUUAAUGUAAAAAGUAUGGAUGAUAAAGAGGAAGAGGAACUUCAAUAUUUUUUUAGUAACCCAAAGCGUAAAAGUGAGAGUCUUAUGAAAAAUAAUGAAAAAAGAAAAGAGGAACUGAAGAAGUUGAAGGAAUUGAAAAAAUGUGAUUUAAAAGAAAUAAAAGAUAGAAUAAAUAAGAGAAAGAAAGAAUUAGAUAAGUAUAAGGAAAAUAAUAAAAUUAACACAAAGCGUUUUAAAAAAAAAAAAGAAUUAGCAGAAGAAGAAUUGUUUAGAUAUUGGACAGAAAAAAUAGAAAGAAUAUGGAAAGAGAAAAUAAAGAAUUGGAUGGAAAUUAUAGAAAAAUAUACUAAAACUAUGGAGAUAUGUAUGGAUGGAAUGGAAAAGAAUGAUUUACAAAUUAUAUUAGUAAAGUGGACAGAAGACCUAAAUAACUUUUUGGAAACUACUGGGGAAGUUUGGAUGCAAGACAUAGAAAGUUAUAUUAAAAAUAUAGAGAAAGAAUGGAUCAAAAAAAUGAAUGAAGAGUGGGAUGAACUGAUAAAAGAAAAUUCCAAUAGAAUAGCACUUAUAGAAUUGGAAAACAUUCUUAGUAAAGAGAAUAAACACCUUCUAAGGAAAAAGAGAGAAUGGAAAGAAAAGAAAAUGAAGAUAAAAACGGAAUUGGGAAUGAAGAAAAACUAUAAUUUUAACAUUAAAAAUUUUUCAAAGUUAAUACAAGAAGCAAAUCAAAAGUGUAUAUCAAUCAAAAAUUUUAUUAAAAAAAAAAAGGAAGAAUAUAGGAUAAAUAAAAAAGAAAAAAAUAAGAAAGAAAAAAAAGAAGAAAUAAAUAAGAAUGAAAAAAAGAAACAAAAAAAAAUAGAAGAGAAAAUUAUUAAUAUUUCUGAGAUACAGUUGUUACAGAAAAAAAGCACUGAAAAUCCUGGUUCAAUUUUGAAUAAAUGGCUAGAAGGGGAAGUAAUAUGGAAAGAUAUGAGUAAAAUAGAGAAAGAUUGUUGGUUAAAAGAUGAUAAAGAAUUAUGGGAAACAUGGAUUAAUUUAGCAUAUCAUUUUUCUCAUCUAUGGGAAAAAUGGGAAAUUUUGUUGGAAAUAGAAAAUGAAAGAAAUCAAAGUAUUCAAAAAGAUUUGAAUAAAUUGAAAGAAAUAUUAAGAAGAAGUGAGCAUAUUUUUAACGUAUUGGAUGAAUCAGAUUGGACAAAAAAAACAAGUGAAGUAGAAUGGAAAUAUAUGAAUGAAACAGAAUGGAUAAUAAAUAAAACUCAAGAAACAGACAACAGUAUAAACCUUCAACAAAAAAAGAUGAAGGACAUAAAGGAAAAUAAAAUAUUAGUAAAUUCAUUGAAGAAAUGUGAGGAAACCGGAAAUAGAUUCAAGGAAGAAUUUAAUAAUUUACAAAAGUGGCUUCGUAAUGAAAAUAGAUGGGAGAACUCUUUAAGAAGAGGGAUUAGAGAAUUCAAAGAAAAUUUGAAUCUUAAUGAAAUUAUUAAAUCAGAAAAAUGGAAGGAAUUAAUUGCGUGGCUGAAUAAUAAAGAUGAAGAAUGGAAAAAGUGGUUUCAUGAAAAUUUGAAAAAUCUAAAUGAAUGGGAAUGCAAAGCUGAAAGGAAGGAAUGGAAUAAUUUUAUGAGUAACGAUAGACAUAAAUUAAUGCUUUGGAUAGAUAAUGAAUGCAUGGAGCAUGUAUUAUUGUUUGAAACAAUUAAAAAGGAUCAGGAAAAAAUAACUGAUAAAAUGGAUAAGGAGUUGGAGCAUCUAUUGAGUGAUAAUUAUGUUUUGAAGAAAUUAUUAAAGAGAGAAUUCAAGACGUGGAGUAAAUGGUCUAAAGAAGAUAAGAAUGAAGAAAAUUGGGAGGAGUUGAAGCAAUGUUUAAGAAAUAAUGAAGAAAAAUUGAAACUUUUAGAAGAGUCUGUAAAAACUUACGAAGAUAAGAAAAAAAAAUUAUCAAGAUGGUUUGAAAGAGAUGAAUGCACAUGGGAUGAGAAGAAGAAAUAUGUAGAGACAAAGAUAGUAGAAUGGAAGGAAUCAAUAAAAUUUUUGGAAAAUAAUAAGAAAAUCUGGGAAAAUAUGAAAAAAAAAUGGAAUAGAUAUUCGAAUAAUAAUAAUAAUGACAAGUUGAAGUAUUUGUCAAAUACUAUGGAGUACCUUGAAUGGAUGAAGGAUAAGAAGAACAUGCUCAAGGAGUCUUUUAUAAGGAAUAGUCAAGAGAUGUUGGACUUAUUCAUGUGGGUAGAAAAUAAAAAGUGUGUAGAGAGCUUAAUUAAUGAAAAAAUUAUGGAGGAUAUUGAAGCCUGGAAAUAUUGGAAGAGCACAAAGGAUAAGUUGAUAAGACAAAGUGAAUACACAUUGUCAGAAAAGAUGUUAAGGAACUUUGUUAAAUUAUUAUGGCUUAUUGAUAAGGAAGCAGUAAAGAAAAUAGAGAAGUUGACGGGAGAGGGUGUAAAGAUUAAACGUUUGGAUAAAAGAUAUGUAAGCCCAAUAAGACCAAUGUUAAAAAUGAUGAUUUCUACAUAUAAUGAAACACGUAAAAAUACGAUAACUGCAUUUGAAAAUAUAUUCAAAUCUUAUGAAUGGACCCUUUGGAAAGAGUUGAAAAUAUUAGAUAAAGAAAAAAAGUUUAUUGAAAAUGUAGAAAAAAAAAUGAAAAAGAUUAAGAAAAGCAAAUGA